GACUGUUGGUAUCUACAUGUUGACACUUGUGUUGUCUGUCAGUGUAGAUAUCUAUUCCGUACAACAAAAGGUUUAAUUAAAAAAAACUAGAAACAAAAUGGAUCUUGUAAUAACUCAAGAUUGUUACGAAGAAAUUGUGCACCAAAACAUGUCUGAUUUUGAGCUGUCUCAAGAGGAUGCUAUCAAGGAAACAAUCGAACAACUCAAAUCUCAGGGUGUUGAUUUGAGCAAUAUCAUUACUGAUAUGGCUACCAACAAUGAGGAUUUAUCACCAGAAUUACAGGAGGCACUAAUUUCAUUAAAAUGUCUUGUACAGAAACAUGCAGAGCCAUCGUACAUUACUGGUCAACUUGAUAUCAUUCAAGCAGAAUGCAAGAAAGGUUUACAAUAUCAAGUUUAUGCUGGAAAAUUAGAUACAUAUCCUUUAUUAAUGGAAAUUCUACAGAACUAUGAAUCGGAUAAUGUUGUUAUAAACAGUUGUUUUACAACGCUUAUAAAAUUAAUGGAUAAACAACCAGAUUUGUUAGAUGAUGUGGGUAUCCAAAUGAUUAUAAAAUACUUGGAUAAAAGUGGUAAUCAGGAUAUUAUGAGUUUGGUUUUGAAAUGGACUAAAGUAUGCUGCAUAAUGCAUGAACAAAAUAGACAAUCCAUAUUUAACGCUGAAAUUCUAGGACGUUUAAAGACUCGUCUUAAUGAAGCAAAUGCAAAUUUAUUAAGAGAUAUACUCGCUGUGUUACGAGCUUUAGUACUUGACGAUGAUGUAAGAGUAGAUUUCGGAAAAGCGCACGAACAUGCUCGUGUAAUAGCCAGUGAUACUCUUUGCGCAAUUAUGCGCUUGUUAGAAAAAUUUAAAACGGAAGAACUAUUUGUAAUGGACUUAUUGUUGACAAUUUCCACCCUUCUCGUUCGCACGGAAUUCUGUAAGAAAGUAGAGGAUGCUGGUGGCUUACCUUUAGUUAAAUAUGCGAUGGAACAAUUUCCUGCAAACGAAAAAAUUAUUAGAUACAGUCUUAAAGUGUUAAAAGCUUUGGCAGGAAACGAUGAAUGCAAAGCACAUAUUAUUCAAUUCGGAUUUUCAUUGACAAUUGUCGAAUGUUUGGAGAGGAAUAAUAAAAAUGCCUCUACUGCCACAUUCGCAUUAGCUUGUAUCGCUGCUUUAACAUUGCGUUGCCCCGAAAAUAGUAAAGCAUUUUACGACCAUGGUGCGCCAAACGCUAUUGUAGAUGUAAUGAAAUUGCAUAGAGAUAACGAAGCCGUUCAAAAACAUAGCAGUUGGGCAAUUCGCAAUAUGGUGUCUAGAAGUCGAUAUCAAAACGAAAAAUUUUUAUCAUUGGGUGUAGAGGAAAUAUUAAAAGCGAAUUUAAAAACUUUUCCAAAAUCCGAAUAUGAUACAAAAGCAGCGUUGAGAGAUUUGGGCUGUGAUGUGAACUUUAAGGAAGAAUGGACUGGGAAGGGAGGAAAAAUAACAACUCAAAAUAACAAAGCCAAAUGAAAUUACCCAACACGUUCUAGUGUCUGUAACUUUCCUGUUUUUACCAGCUUUGUUGAUACUGAGAUAUACACUACGCUGUUUUUUUUUUAUUUCAUAACUUAUUAAUUCUUAAUUUUUUUCUUUACUCAUACAUUUACAAUUUAUUACUAUAUUAAAAUACAUGCAUUUAUUAUUUAUUUUUUGUUUAUUUUGGGGUUACUGACAAUAAGAAAUGUGUGAAAACAUUCAA